GUGGCUGCUGCUGCUGCUUUCACCGGCAGCCUCAGGCUCCGGGACCGGGACCGAGACCGGCCAGCGCGUGGGCUCACCAGCCAUGGGGUCGGCGCUGCAGCCCCGGGAGCCGCUCAGCUACUCGCGCCUGCAGAGGAAGAGCCUGGCGGUGGACUUUGUGGUACCCUCUCUCUUUCGCGUCUAUGCUCGGGACCUGCUGCUGCCGCCGCCGUCCCCUUCGGAGCCAAGGGCCGGCCGGCUGGAGGCGCGCGGCUCGCUGGCUCUUGACUGCGCCCCACUGCUUAGGCUGGUGGGGCCACCACCCGGCGCCAGUUCUCCCGCCCCGGCCCGGGCAUGGACGCUGUCCAGGGUGCUGAAGGGAGGCUCGGUUCGCAAGCUCCGGCGCGCCAAGCAGCUGGUGCUGGAGCUGGGAGAGGAGGCGAUCCUUGAGGGCUGUGUAGGGCCCCCAGGGGAGGCGACUGCGGGGCUGCUCCAGUUCAACCUCACUGAGCUGUUCAGCUGGUGGAUUCGCCACGGCGAAGGACGGCUGAGGAUCCGCCUGAUGCCCGAGAAGAAGGCGUCGGAAGUGGGCAGAGAGGGAAGGCUGUCCGCUGCGAUCCGCGCCUCCCAGCCCCGCCUUCUCUUCCAGAUCUUCGCGACCGGGACCGGUUCCCGUCAGAGCUCCUUGGAGUCACCAGCAAACCUGCCUUCUCUUCCUCCUGAUUCUUUUGCCUGGAAUCUGACCUGGAUAAUGAAAGAUUCCUUCCCUUUCCUGUCUCAUCGCAGCCGAUAUGGUCUGGAGUGCAGCUUUGACUUCCCCUGUGAGCUGGAGUAUUCCCCUCCACUGCACAACCUUGGGAACCAGAGCUGGUCCUGGCGCCGUGUCCCUCCCGAGGAGGCUUCCCAGAUGGACCUGUUGGAUGGGCCCGAAGAGGAGCAUGCCAAGGAGAUGCCCAGAGGUGCCUUCCUCCUCCUCAACACCUCGAUGAACUCCAGGCACAGCAUCUUGAGUCCAUGGGUGAGAAGCAGCAGCGAGCACUGCAGGCUGGCCGUCUCGGUACACAGGCACCUGCAGCCCUCCGGGAGGUACGUCGCCCGGCUGCUGCCCCACAGUGAGGCUGGAAGAGAGAUCCCCCUGGUACCCACUCCAGGAAAGCAUGGUUGGACUGUGCUUCAGGGAAGAAUUGGGCGCCCAGAGAACCCGUUCCGAGUGGCCCUGGAAUACAUCUCGAGUGGAAACCGAAGCUUGUCUGCAGUGGACUUCUUUGCCCUGAAAAACUGCAGCGAAGGAACAUCCCCGGGCUCCAAGAUGGCCUUGCAGAGUUCCUUCACUUGCUGGAACGGAACAGUCCUCCAGCUCGGACAGGCCUGCGACUUCCACCGCGACUGUGCCCAGGGAGAAGAUGAGGGCCAGCUGUGCAGUAAACUCCCUGCUGGUUUUUACUGCAACUUCGAGGAUGGAUUCUGUGGCUGGACCCAAAGCUCACUGUCACCCCACACGCCCCAGUGGCAAGUCAGGACCUUAAAGGAUGCCCGGUUCCAGGACCACCAAGGCCACGCCCUGUUGCUCAGCACCACCGAUGCCCCCACCUCUGAAAGUGCUACGGUGACCAGCGCUGCGUUCCCCGCACCGAUGAAGAGCUCUCCAUGCGAGCUCCGAAUGUCCUGGCUCAUCCGUGGAGUGCUGCAGGGAAAUGUCUCCUUGGUGCUGGUGGAGAACAAAACCGGGAAGGAACAAAGCAGAAUGAUCUGGCAUGUUGCCACCACGGAAGGCUUGAGCCUGUGGCAGUGGACGGCGCUGCCUCUCCUUGAUGUGGCUGACAGGUUCUGGUUGCAGAUCGUUGCCUGGUGGGAACAAGGAUCCAGAGCCACCGUGGCUUUCAACAAUAUCUCCAUCAGCCUGGACUGCUACCUCACCAUUGGUGGGGAGGACAAGAUGCCGCAGACUACGGCACCCAAGUCAAGAAAUCUGUUUGAGGGAAACCCAAACAAGGAGACAAAACCCUGGGAAAACACACCAAAAGAGAACCCCAUCUUUGACCCUACAGUUCACUGGCUGUUCACCACAUGCGGGGCCAGUGGGCCCCACGGCCCGACGCAGGCCCAGUGCAACAAUGCCUACCGGAACUCCAACCUGAGCGUGGUGGUGGGGAGCGAGGGCCCCCUGAAGGGCAUCCAGACCUGGAAGGUGCCAGCCACCGACACCUACAGCAUAUCAGGCUACGGAGCCGCUGGCGGGAAAGGCGGGAAAAACACGAUGAUGCGAUCCCACGGCGUGUCUGUGCUGGGCAUCUUCAACCUGGAGAAGGACGACGUGCUGUACAUCCUGGUCGGGCAGCAGGGGGAAGAUGCCUGCCCCAGUACAAACCAACUAAUCCAGAAAGUCUGCAUUGGAGAGAACAACGUGAUAGAAGAAGAAAUCCGCGUGAACAAAAGUGUGCACGAGUGGGCAGGAGGGGGCGGCGGAGGGGGCGGAGCCACCUACGUAUUUAAGAUGAAGGAUGGAGUGCCAGUGCCCCUGAUCAUUGCGGCCGGCGGUGGCGGCAGGGCCUACGGAGCCAAGACAGACACGUUCCACCCAGAGAGACUGGAGAAUAACUCCUCAGUUCUAGGGCUGAAUGGCAAUUCCGGAGCCGCAGGUGGCGGAGGUGGCUGGAAUGAUAACACUUCCUUGCUCUGGUCUGGAAAGUCUUUGCUGGAAGGUGCCACCGGAGGACAUUCCUGCCCCCAGGCCGUGAAGAAGUGGGGGUGGGAGACCAGAGGGGGUUUCGGAGGGGGUGGAGGGGGGUGCUCCUCAGGUGGAGGAGGCGGAGGAUAUAUAGGAUGCGCACGUGUGUCCAGACGUGGGCACCCACCUCUGCGUUCAACUCUCCUCUGGUUUGCCACAGGUGGCAAUGCAGCCUCAAACAAUGACCCCGAGAUGGACGGGGAGGAUGGGGUUUCCUUCAUCAAUCCACUGGGCAUCCUGUACACCCCGGCUUUAAAAGGUACCCCCUCUGCCAGGUGGCAGAACCAAUGCGCUGUGGACUUUCCUGCACAGGCAGCGCUCCCGGCGGCAAUGGGACGUAGGAGCAGGAACCAGAAAACCCACCCUGACCAGCUGGAGACAGAGCGCAGAGCCUGGGGGUGGGGUGCAGGGCGGCUUCCGCCCGAGGCUGACCCUCCCUCCUUCUCACCAGUGAUGGAGGGCCACGGGGAAGUGAAUAUUAAGCAUUACCUGAACUGCAGCCACUGUGAGGUAGAUGAGUGCCACCUGGACCCCGAGAGCCACAGGGUCAUCUGCUUCUGCGACCACGGGACAGUGCUGGCCGAGGAUGGCGUCUCCUGCAUAGUGUCGCCCACCCCGGAGCCCCACCUGCCACUCUCGCUGAUCCUGUCCGUCGUGACCUCUGCCCUCGUGGCCGCCCUCGUCCUGGCUUUCUCCGGCAUCAUGAUCGUGUACCGCCGGAAGCACCAGGAGCUGCAAGCCAUGCAGAUGGAGCUGCAGAGCCCCGAGUACAAGCUGAGCAAGCUCCGCACCUCCACCAUCAUGACCGACUACAACCCCAACUACUGUUUUGCCGGCAAAACCUCCUCCAUCAGUGACCUGAAGGAGGUGCCCAGGAAAAACAUCACCCUCAUCCGGGGUCUGGGCCACGGCGCGUUUGGGGAGGUGUAUGAAGGUCAGGUGUCUGGAAUGCCCAACGACCCGAGCCCCCUGCAAGUGGCUGUAAAGACGCUGCCUGAGGUGUGUUCCGAACAGGACGAACUGGAUUUCCUCAUGGAAGCCCUGAUCAUCAGCAAGUUCAACCACCAGAACAUCGUGCGCUGUAUCGGGGUGAGUCUGCAAGCCCUGCCCCGAUUUAUCCUGCUGGAGCUCAUGGCGGGAGGAGACCUCAAGUCCUUCCUCCGAGAGACGCGCCCUCGCCCGAAUCAGCCCUCCUCCCUGGCCAUGCUGGACCUCCUGCACGUGGCUCGGGACAUCGCCUGUGGCUGCCAGUAUCUAGAGGAAAAUCACUUCAUCCACCGGGACAUUGCUGCCAGGAACUGCCUCUUGACCUGUCCAGGCCCUGGAAGGGUGGCCAAGAUCGGAGACUUCGGAAUGGCUCGAGACAUCUACAGAGCGAGCUACUACCGAAAGGGAGGCUGUGCGAUGCUGCCGGUCAAAUGGAUGCCCCCGGAGGCCUUCAUGGAAGGAAUAUUUACUUCUAAAACAGACACGUGGUCCUUCGGAGUGCUUCUGUGGGAAAUCUUCUCUCUUGGAUACAUGCCGUACCCUAGCAAAAGCAACCAGGAGGUUCUGGAGUUUGUCACCAGUGGAGGACGGAUGGACCCACCUAAGAACUGCCCCGGGCCUGUAUACCGGAUAAUGACCCAGUGCUGGCAACAUCAGCCUGAAGACAGGCCCAACUUUGCCAUAAUUUUGGAGAGGAUUGAAUACUGCACCCAGGACCCAGAUGUGAUCAACACUGCUUUGCCCAUAGAAUACGGGCCCCUCGUGGAAGAGGAAGAGAAGGUGCCCAUGAGGCCCAAGGACCCUGAGGGAAUCCCUCCUCUGCUGGUCUCCGCUCCCCAGGCCAAGCGGGAGGAGGGCCGCGAGCCAGCCGCCCGCACGGCUCUGCCUUCCGCCUCCUCGGGCAAAGCCGGCAAGAAGUCCGGGGCCGCAGAGGCCUCUGCCCGAGGCGCCAGGGCGCUGGCCGUGAAGGGGGGACACGUUAACAUGGCAUUCUCUCAGUCCAACCCGCCCUCGGAGCUGCACCAAGUCCAGGGGUCCAGAAACAAGCCCACCAGCCUAUGGAACCCAACUUACGGCUCCUGGUUUACAGAGAAACCCACCAAAAAGAGCAAUCCUCCGGCGAAGAAGGAGCAGCGCGAGAGGGGGAACCCGGGCGGCGACGGCGGCCGUGCCAUCCCGCCCCCCGCGGCUGCCGGCCACCGUCCAGGCACCUCUCUGCUCCUCGAGCCGUCCUCGCUGACCGCCAGCCUGAGGGACGUGCCCCUGUUCAGGCUGCGCCACUUCCCGUGCGGCACCGUCCACUACGGCUACCAGCAGCAGGGCUUCCCCCCGGAGGCCUCCGCCCCGGGCCCGGGUCGCUACGAGGACCCCGCGGCCAAGAGCCAGCCUGCGCCCUGAGCCCGAGCCGCAGCCCGAGGGCGGCGCGCGCCAGGUAACGGGCCCUCCGCAAGCCCCAGACCAAACGUCACUUUUCAUUCUGUGCCAACUUGUUUUAAAGUGCCACAUCAAAAGCUGUAUUUUCAAACUGCUUCAAGAGGUUUUGAGCACGGGUUCAUCCUAUUCUUUCAAGAGGAGAAAAUCUCAUAAAGACGAGUGAUAAACACGAGGCCCGAAUGGGGCUGCGCAGGGUUUUGACGCAUGGCUGGUGUCCACCUCCCCGUUUCUUUCCAAUCCUGUGCGCUCCGCCUCCACGCACGCAGAACUAGCGCUCAUGUGUUUCCUAGUUGGAGUCAUAGAUGUUCCCUUACCUUGUUGAUGUGGGGGGCAUGGACCACUUGAGGACAGAGGGAACAGAAAUAAGGGAGUUCUCUUCAGUGAGUCACGGCGGGGAAAGACAUUCUUUACUUGGAAAAGAAAAAUCAUAGACAACUCACUGAAACGUCACUGUGGAUGACGUUUGGAUGUUUUCAGUUGUGGUGAUUCAUCGACGAUCGUAAAAAUGUGGUAAAUAGUUAUGGUAGUAGAGAGAAAAUGUGUAUACUCAUCUAAAUGAAAUGCAAAUACUAAAAGUGCUUUGAGAUGACAAAACACGGGUACAGAUCGAGAGAUUCCAACAUCCAAUUAAUAUACCUCAUGCCUUAAGAGAACCCUCCUACUAAAAGUGAACAACUGAGUGUAUGAGGUUUCCUACUGGGUUGAAAACUCAAGAUUUAAAUUAUUAAUUACUUAUUUUAAGACUUUCCACUAAAAUAAACUCCGAUGAUUUAAAAAGAAAAAAUUUAAGCAGCAGUGAUACAUGGAAGCAUAGAAACAUAUCCAUUCAUGGGCAUUAGUGUCAAACCUUUCAACAGUUUCAAUCAUGAAGCUUCCCAAGUUGAAGUUUCUACUACUAGUGGUGGAUCAUUGGCCCUCCGACGGUCCUACGAAGAGGUACGAAUGCAGUAUCUAUCCCUCCUUCCUCGGGCUUCACCCGAGUUUUCGCUCCCUUAAUCAUGUGAUCCCA